AUGGGUCCCCCUUGGAAGGUGAUGAAUCCAGCCUCCUUUUCUGCAAAUUUAAUGGUUCUGAUCUUUGCUGGCCUGUGCAAAGGUUCGUGGAGCCAGAAUUCGGACUAUAACUGGACGGUUCCUGCCUCUGUUUCUGUGCAACGCGGCCUCUGUGUUCACAUUCCCUGCAGUUUCACUUAUAAACAGGGAGGCAGGACCACUCCCGGGAAACUCUAUGGUUAUUGGUUUCUGAACAAAGGUAGAUAUCGGCACUAUUUUACCCACGACAGCUCCCGCAGUGCUCCAGGUAUCCUUGUGGCCACAAAUGACGAGAGGCAGGAACUCCAGACAUCUGUGAAGAAACGCUUCCAUUUAACAGGUGACCUGGAUGAAGGUGAUUGUUCCUUCAGCAUUCUUAAUGCCAAACCCGAGGAUGCAGGGGACUACUACUUUCGAAUUGAGGACAACUAUCUAAGAUACAGCUAUACCACUAACCACCUCCGAACUCAUACGACACUGCAAGUUCUCGUGCCAG